ACUAACUCCACAAAAAACAAAGACACUGAGCGACAGGUAGAGGUUCUGAAUGCUUUAAAUAUUAACAAUCUAAAUACGCCAAAUAUUUUUUUGGCAGCUUUGGGUCAGAGACGCGGUCACUCUCUUUAAUGAUCGAAAACUAUCGAUCAAAAACUUGCUAAUGUUUCCUGAGGAACGAAGGAGGCGACGCUUUCAUUUGCCACUGAAGAUCUCUGGUCUAGACAAACUGCCAAAAACGACUUUACCAAAUCUACCCUGAAGAUUUCCUUAAGAAUUCAACUGUUGUUUUGGUAGAAUACAGAAGGAGUUACUCAGGAUAUUUUAAAAAUUUUAACUCCCAUAUUUUGUGGUAUGGAUACCGUUCGUGAGUCUGACGAGGAAGUAUUUUCUGAGCACGAGGAUCUGCCGUAUCUUUACGAGGGAGAAAGAAACGAUCAAGGUGAACGACACGGCAAAGGCAAAGCCAGACUUCCAAACGCUGACGUCUACGAGGGUGAAUACCGGCACGGCUAUCGACACGGCUUCGGUAAAUAUGUAUUUAAGAAACUCAAGGGGCAGUCUCGAAGUGCUUGUUAUAUCGGUUAUUACGAGAAAAAUAAGAAGAACGGACAAGGAACGUUUUUGUAUCCUGAUGGAGCGAAAUACGAAGGGAGCUGGAAAGAGGACCUUAGGGAAGGAUUUGGAACUUAUUAUUACCCGAAUGCGGACUCGUACAAAGGAGAAUGGUCUAAAGAUAAGCGCAACGGUCACGGGACAUAUACUUAUGCUGCUAGCGGUAUGGUCUACGAAGGACAGUGGGUUGAGGGCAAGCGAUCAGGUCGAGGCAAGCUAACAUUCGGUAAACAAAGUUACGUAGGGAAUUUCCACGAAGACAAAAUGUUGGGGCCUGGGACGUACAUCUUUCCUAACGGCUCCCAACAGCAUGGGGAAUACAUAGUGGUAGAGGAAGAAAUAGAAGACGAAAACAGCCACCAAGAUAAUGAGAAAAGUAGAACCAAGCAACUGAAGAUCAAGUGGAUUAGCCACGGUGGAAUUAACCCGCCAAUUACAAUCGUCAAAAAAGAAACUGCUAUCAACUGAGUUAAUUUGUUUCUGGGAUACCUGUGUUAAGGGGGGAUGUCAUGGCUGCCAUCACGUGUUGGUGCAAAACCUUUUCACUGCGAUGUGCCAUCAUGCAAAACUGUGAAGUUUUCGAUAUCUAUUAACUUAAUUUAUCAUAAAAAUUAAGUAAAAUUCUUUCGUAAUUUUCGUAAAUUUUCGUACUAGAGAUUCUUGUCAUGGGGAUGCCUAUUCCAGGUGAUACAAAAUAUGUUUUAAUAUAUGUUUGCAUGUUCGAAAUAUUUAUAUUUGUAAUACAUAUAUAAUCUUAGGUAAUAUGUUAUAAAUAAUAGGAGUUCCUCUCUUCCUUUUAAACUGGAUUUAUUUGUUACGAAUGUCUCACAAUA